AUGAACGCUGUGGUAGGCGGCUGGCAGGGAGCAGGGUUGCUGUCCCACUACCCUCUGGAAGCCUCAGCCACGAAGGGCCCCUGUGGGCACCUUUUCCCGGCACACGGACCCCAGAGAGGACUGACCCUCUCCAGCCGACCUCUGGGCUCAGGACAGCUGGGUGGGGCAGCCACAGGAGCUGCCUGCAGGGGGCAGAGUCAGGACAGGGACCGAGCCGGACACCCAUUCUGCAAGUGUCUGCACUUCCAGGCAGGGGGAGGACAACGGAGAGCUGCCCCCAUUUCAGUUCCCAGAACAGAGCUCAGCUGUGAAAUAGCCCACUGCUCCUGGAGUGUGGAGGACGAGGAGGAGGCCGUCCGCGAGCAAUGCCAGCAUGAGAGAGACAGGCAGCUUCCGGCCCAGGACGAGGACGGAGGUGGCCUUGUCCCCGAGAGGCCGGAGCAGGAGAUGCUCCUCAGCCUGAAGCCCUCCGAGGCCCCUGAACUGGAUGAGGAUGAGGGCUUUGGCAACUGGUCCCAGAGGCCAGAGCAGUGGCAGCAGCACGAGGGGGCACAGGGCACCUCGGACAGCGGAGAGCCCCCCUAGUGCAGGAGUCCUGAGGGCAAGCAAGAGGAUGGGCCCAGCCUGCAUGCCUGCGAAAAGGAGGCCAGUGACGAAGUCCACCUGGAGGAGUUGAGUCUGAGCAAGGAGGGGCCAGACCCAGAGGACACUGUCCAGGACAACCUGGGGGCCUCAGGGGCUGAGGAGGAACAGGAGGAGCACCAGAAAUAUCAGCAGCCCAGGACACCCAGCCCCUUGGUCUUGGAGGGGACCAUCGAACAGAGCUCGCCUCCCCUGAGCCCUCCCAUCAAAUUGCUGCAGGCCUGUGUCUCUCUCCACCCUCUGCGGCUCAUCGACAGGACCGAGUUCCUAAACUGCUCCAUAGAGAAGCGUAACAGCGUGAAGAAAUCCCAGCCAGACUUGCCCAUCUCCAAGAUUGACCACUGGCUGGAACAAUACACCCAGGCCAUCGAGACUGCUGGCCGGAUCCCCAAGCUAGCCCACCAGGCCUCCAUAGAGCUGCCCAGCAUGGCCGUGGCCAGUACCAAGAGUCGGUGGGAGACGGGUGAGGUACAGGCUCAGUCUGCGGCCAAGACUCCGUCCUGCAAGGUAAGGUCCCCUCCAGGGGCAAGGCUGGGCUGCAGAGCCAGCACCUGGGAGUUUAGUAGCAGGCCAGGUUUCCUUGUUAAGACAAGUGUGGGACUGUCCAGGAUGAAUGUGGACAGACAGAACCCUGAGGUAUUGCCGGCCAAGGCAGGACCAGAGCUGCACUUGGAGGUGUCCUGGCCUGAUUUGCCCUGCCCCAACAUUGGCCCAGCCCUGCUCUGGCACUUCCUGUCAUGCAGUGUCCCUGGCCUGAGCAUUGGCCCUGGCCCUGUCCUGUUUCUGGCCCUGCCCUGGAGCUGA